AUGCUACUUACUGCUGCCUCGCUUGGCACUCAGCGCUUAGAGAUUAGAGCAAGCCAAUUUCGGCGGAAGUCGGCUGCUAUCGUCAUCUUUGGCGUUAGUUCAACGUGUUCUCAACGUCUGAUUUCAGGACAGGGCCGAGUGAACCAACUCGGAGGGUUGUUCAUUAACGGUCGCCCCCUGCCCACCCAUCUCCGCCUUAAGAUCGUGGAGCUAGCUGCCCGUGGAGUGAGACCUUGUGUCAUCAGUCGUCAACUGCGGGUCUCGCACGGCUGUGUCAGUAAGAUUCUGCUCAGGUAUCAAGAGACCGGAAAUGUUUGUCCGGGCAUGAUUGGCGGUAGCAAGCCGAGGGUCGCCACACCGGAAGUUGAAGACAAGAUUGAAGCGUACAAGCGGGCUCAGCCAGGAAUCUUCAGUUGGGAGAUCCGUGACCGUUUGUUAAAAGACGGAGUUUGUGAUGCUAGCACUAUUCCCAGUGUCAGUUCCAUCAGCAGAGUUCUUCGGUCGAAAACCGGACGACUUUGCUCGGACCUUGACUUGGGCAUUUCCCCGGAUGUGUCUCAAAGAUGUCCGUCUGAUGAAAGUGAUACUGAGAUCAUGACAGAGACAAAUUCCAUGCAAGGCAAGGAGGAGACAAACCGUCAAGCGGUUGAACACAAGUAUCGUGUCAACCGAAAAGUACGGAGAAGUCGGACUACUUUUUCAGCGGAGCAGCUGAGCACAUUAGAGACAGCUUUCGAACGUACGCAAUAUCCGGAUAUCUAUACGAGAGAAGAAUUGGCCCAAAGAACAAAACUCACAGAGGCCAGAGUUCAGGUUUGGUUCAGCAACAGACGGGCAAGAUGGCGGAAACAAAUUGGUUCUAGCCAACUACCUGGAUAUUCAAUGGCUAGUUACCUUGGUAACAACACACUUUGUGUUGGUCAACAGACAUUUUCAACUUCGGGUGGCUCGUGCAUGCUUCCCGACAGCGGAUUGUCGUUUGUUGUCACAAGGGCCGACACUAAUGUUCCUGAUAUUGAGAAACGGACGACAACGAUCCGUACGCUGGUACACAGAGUGUUAAUGAAGAUAACAGGUCUGAAGUUAGCUCCUUUAGUGAAUCUCUGCCACUGGAAACAGCAGCUUCAUCAGUUUCGCCUACCCCAAGCACAUCUACUGGAAAGAGUCGGUAAAAACUCCAAAGAGAAGUGGAAAACGACACUUAGCCAGAGGACACUUCUUCAAUUGAAGGCAGCUCUGACUGAUUUCAUUAAUGAAAGCAAGAAGAAUCAUGAAGAACUUCAAGGAAAUACGGAAACUAAUCCCGAUGAGCUAGCUAUUCAUACCUUGUCACGUGAUACAGAUGCGUCGUCGGUUGGAUCUCACGUGAGAUCGGACUCAAGGUUCUCGUCGUUCAUGGAUCAUUCCUCACACAUGGAGCUCACUCUCAGGUAUGAUCGAGGGUCACGACUUAAAGUGACAUUUGACUACGAUCGAGUUUAUUGA